CAAGAAUCGAUUAAAAAGUUAGAAAGUUAAGGAUGAAUUGCUUACGAGUAAAAAGGGCUAAAACACUUCAAGAUGUACAUGAGUAUCAGGUAUACAAAAACUUUUGUCGUCAGACUCAGCAUACACGAUCAUCACCAUCACCACCAGCGCAAGCAUAUACUACAGAGCCCUGGGUCCAGACAUCGAUCUCUACCACAUUAUCUACACCUUCAUGUGGAUCAUUAAAAAAACAGCAGAACAGUUUAUUAAAUAAAGCAAAUUCGAUUUUGAAUUCCCUCAGAAAAUGCAAAUUUCAUGAGAAGUCUGCCAAACUGCAAACAGAAAAUAUGUAUAAAAGAUCAAAAAUUUUAAUGACAAAAACUAGACAUCAUUUUCUUCAGCGACAAAGCCAUACACUUUUGAUACAAUAUGGACUUCCUGUUAACAAAAGCCGUUUGCUGAAGUACUGGUAGCAUGUUAAUAAUUUCAUACGUUUUUCAAAGAUGAACUGGUAAACAGUUGCAAGAAACUUUUAAAUUAGUUGAAUAAACAAAAUUUACGUUCUUUUUGUGUUUAUUUCAAAGCUGAUUUCUACUUAAUAACUAGUGGAUUAGUUAAAGAGUGGGUCUGUUGCCUGAUUGUGUAAAUGGAUUACAGUUCACCUAUGCUUUUAAUGCAUUCAAAUUUGCAAGCAGUUUCAUCAAAACUGAAUGGAUAUUAAACCUUAUCCAAUCAAAGAAAACUAGUGAAAUACUG